AUGGUUGCCCAUAAUGUUCAAUUUCAAGAAGAAACCCGGAACAAUCAGAAAAACACCACGACAUCUAUAAAGAAUCUUGAAGUCCAAAUGGGGCAAAUCACUCAGCAACUAGCUUAUAGUUCUCAAGCACAAGGUGCUCUACCUAGUGCAACCGUGAAAAAUCCUAGAGAGCAUAAUAAUGUGAGCGCAGUGACAACACGAAGUGGUAAAUCUGAUGAAGUUGUUGAGGAAGUGGAUGAAGAGGAAGCCCAAUUGAUCGAAGUGGACCUUGAGAUCAAAGAAAAUGAAGUUGUUAGGGAAGAAGUAAUAACACCGAAACCGGUUGUGAAAGAAACAGUCAUUGAGCCCAAGCCGGUUGUUAAGCUCCCCUUCCCCACUAGAAACAAGAAAAAAGGGCAACAUGAGAAAUACUUUGAAAAAUUCUUAGAGUUGUUCAAGAAGCUGAAGAUUAACAUUAUGUUGUUGGAGGGUAUGAAGAUUCCGAUAAAGAAGAAGGAUCGAGGGGUUAUCACUAUCCCAUGUACUAUUGGAGAUAGGGAAUUCAACAAAGCUCUGAUUGAUCCGGGAGCUAGUGUGAGUCUCAUGCCAUUAUCUAUUUACAAAAAUCUUGGUAUAUGGGUUGUGCAAGAUACCAGAAUGACACUCCAAUUCGCCGAUCAUUCGGUCAAGAAACCGUAUGGCAUUGUUGAAGAUGUUCUGGUGAAAAUUGAUAAGUUUUUAUUUCCGGUGUAUUUUAUAAUCCUUGAAAUACCGGAAGAUGAAUAG